CAAAACCCACCAUCCUGAGGCCUCCGGCUCUUCCCCGCCCACCUUUACCUCCCGUGGGCUCUACCCCCUUCCAAUCGGCCUCCUUUCUCCUCCCCCGUUUACGUCUGGGCAUGUGCCCCUCGCGGCGCUGGCCACGCAGGGCCCUGCAUUUAACCUCCGGCCGCCCGGUGCGAAGUUAGAGGCUGGGCUGGCGCGGACAGCGCGCACACCUGGGGCGGGAGCCGAGGCGGGAGCCCGGGCCUGCCUGUAACCUCCGCUGGGCGCACGAUGACCUGCUACCGAGGCUUUCUGCUGGGCAGCUGUCGUCGCGUAGCGGGUGGCCGGGCGGCGGCGCUGAGGGGCCCCGGCGCGGGAGGCCCUGCCGCGAGAUCGCGGCUCGGAGGUGACGGGGACGGCUGGCGGCACCUGGGGCAGGGGCAGCCACGCGAGCUGGCGGGCUGUGGCAGUCGUCCCGAUGGCGGCUUCCGCCCGUCCCGGGUGGUGGUGGUGGCCAAAACGACCCGGUACGAGUUCGAGCAGCAGCGCUACCGUUACGCGGAGCUCUCGGAGGAGGACCUGAAGCAGCUGCUUGCAUUGAAAGGCUCUAGCUACAGUGGACUGCUUGAACGACAUCAUAUUCACACCAAAAAUGUUGAGCAUAUUCUAGAUAGUUUACGGAACGAGGGGAUUGAGGUCCGUCUAGUGAAGAGGAGAGAAUAUGAUGAAGAAACGGUUCGAUGGGCAGAUGCUGUCAUAGCCGCAGGAGGUGAUGGCACAAUGCUCCUGGCGGCAAGCAAAGUGUUGGACAGACUUAAACCAGUUAUUGGAGUAAACACUGACCCAGAACGGUCUGAGGGUCAUUUAUGUCUUCCUGUUCGAUACACACAUUCCUUCCCAGAAGCCUUACAGAAGUUCUAUCGCGGUGAGUUCAGGUGGCUGUGGAGGCAGCGAAUCAGGUUAUACCUCGAAGGGACUGGCAUAAACCCCAUUCCUGUGGACCUCCACGAACAGCAGCUAAGUUUGAAUCAACAUAGCAGAGCCUUCAAUAUCGAAAGAGUUCAUGAUGAAAGGCCCGAGGUGUCAGGACCCCAGCUUUUGCCUGUGAGAGCACUGAACGAAGUCUUCAUUGGGGAGAGUCUGUCGUCCAGAAUGUCUUAUUCUUGGGCUGUGGCAGUGGACAAUUUAAGAAGAAGUAUACCCACUCUAAAGGGACUGGCUUCCUACUAUGAGAUUUCAGUGGAUGACGGUCCAUGGGAAAAACAGAAGAGUUCAGGGCUCAAUUUGUGUACUGGAACAGGAUCAAAGGCCUGGUCAUUCAAUAUUAACAGGGUUGCAACUCAGGCUGUGGAAGAUGUUUUAAAUAUUGCAAAACGACAAGGAAAUUUAAGUCUUCCACUGAACAGGGAACUGGUAGAGAAAGUAACAAAUGAAUAUAACGAAUCGUUGCUCUACAGUCCAGAGGAACCAAAAAUACUCUUCAGUAUCCGAGAACCCAUAGCGAACAGAGUCUUCUCCAGCAGCCGGCAGCGGUGUUUCACCUCCAAGGUUUGUGUCCGUUCGCGUUGUUGGGAUGCCUGCAUGGUUGUGGACGGAGGAACUUCUUUUGAGUUUAACGAUGGAGCAAUUGCUUCGAUGAUGAUCAAUAAAGAAGAUGAGCUUCGAACUGUCCUUCUAGAACAGUGAAGGGUACCCUUCGAUGACAAAUUUGAUUACCUGAAAAAUACUUUAACUGCAGAAACAGGCGACCGGUCAUAAAGCUGCCUCUUUUGGUUAUUGUCGAGACCGGUUGGCCCUGGGCUCAAAGGUGACUAAGAAACUGAGAUUUGUAUUCCCCUCUUGGAUUCUGAUGGAGAAGAUGUUCACUGGGCAAGAAGAUGGAUGGACUACGCGUCUAGGAUUGACACCAGUGAAACUUCUGUCUGUCUUGUUAUUGGUAUCCAAGAGUGCUGAUGCCUUUUUAGAUUUAGAGAGAUAAGUGCAAAUAAAGGAUUAAAUGUUUAGGAUUUGUAAUUUAACUGUACAACUUCUCCUUCCCUUUCCUCCUAACUUUGCAGAAUUGGUCAGAACACACACAGCUCAUUUGACUAGUGUAUAUUUUUUAUAGCACCUACAAAUCAAGAUUUAAAAAAAUUUGAUGGAGAAUUUUGAUAAACCCUGACAUUGACCUAAUUGAAGUAGGUGAAUGUGUUUUUAUAUGUGCUGUGAAUUUUCUAAUUUGAGAACACACGGAUACUGGUAUGGCUAUGGGUGUAAGACGUUCAAGCAAUCACUUUUGAAAUGUGUUUUACGUGACUUGCAGGUUAGUUUUGACCGUGCUGAGUUCAUUGAAGUACAUGUAGCGGGACAAAAUCGGGAUGCUUGUACAGAUGUAUUACUAUCCAUUAGCUGUUCAGUGAUAGACAGUUUUUACUUAAAACUCUAACAUGGAUUCAAAGACUAAAAGGAUGGACUGACGAGACAUACUCCACUAGGAGUUUGGUCAAACCUUUAGAAAGUAUUUUUGUCUACUUUUAAUAUCAUGGUAGUCUUCAACUCACCCAUACUCCAAAUUUCACACAUUACCUUUGGGGGGUAAAUGUUACAGCUUUUCUCUGCCUGCCCAUGAGAGUUCUUUAUUUUUGGAGGACAUUUUUGUCUAAUUCUUGAUCUACUUAUAUGGAAUCCUAGAAUUUUCACAAAAGGCACCUGUUGCUGCAUCAUGAGACCAUCGGUAGUCUCGUGCCAUUUAUUCAAAGUUGUCGUUUUUUCAUUUGUUAUUAAAGACUUGUAUUCAAUCACUGAAAUAUUUAUUAAAUAUCCACUCUGUGCCAUGCACUGUACUGAUUACCGGAUGUACCCUGACGAAGAAAACAGACGCUGUCCUGAUGGAGCCUGAGCCGAGUAAGCUCAGAAGUGCGUUCCGUGAAAGCUGGGAUGCAUAGUCAGAUCGAGUGCUCUUAGUGUUGUCAACAUGCACCGUGUUCUUGUCAGACUUUUUCUGUAAAACCUUACCACAUAAAAGUAACCUAGGGUUUGUUGUAUCUCCAGAACAGGAAUCUUUUUCUUUAGUUGGGCGUGUCUGCAGAGACACUCACUAGCAGAGAGUUUGCAUGAUGCACACAGUAAAAACUAGCAUUUCCCCAGCACUGGUUCUGGUUUCUGGUUUGGUUUAAAAAUAAUAUACUUAAGGUCUAUGCUACGAAGUAAAAUUCCACACUAUAGAACUCCCCUAGUAGGUUUAAGAUGCCUUCUUGACAAAAAUGCCAACUUCAUCUUCAAUAUCAAGGAAAUCAGACUGUCCGUAUGGUAUUAUAGAUCUGUUAAUAUGUAACAUAUUAAUAGGUAACUUCUGUGUAAAAUUGUUCAUAAGCCAUAGUUUAAAGGUUUAAAAAUGCCUAAUGUGUUCCAUUUGCAGUAUAACUUCUAAUACUUCUGCUAUGUGGUGAGGAUUUACUUGUAAGAGAUACUGAGAGGCAAAGGAUGUUGGAACAGCAAAAAUGUUUUUAUGAAGCAAACUUUAAUGGCAAUGAGAUGUGAAUAAAAUUAAACUGUUACUAUC